UUCCCCUUUUCUCCCAUUUAUAUUUUCUCAAUUCCAAUUAAAUCUCUCUCUCUCUCUCUCUCUCUCUCUCUCGAGUGUGAGAGAUCGUCGGAAUUUAGCUACCUCUGAAGAUAUUAUAGCUGCGAAAUAUAUACGGAGAUUUGAGAAUGCGAGUAUUUUCCAGUGUUGACGGAGAUUCGAUUUGAUCAUUUCUGAAAAGUGUUUGAAAUCGGUGCUUCAAAUAGGAAAAAAAGGCGUUUCUCGAUUUGUCUAGCUGGUGAAGAAGAAUGAGAGUGUUUUCCACUGCUCAUAUUGAAUAGAGAUUCGAUCAUUUGUUUCCAAAUAGAGAAGGCUUUUUCCACAGAUUCAGUCUCGAGUAAAAACAAUAAAAAUGUUGACAUGUAUAACUUGCUCGAAACAAAGAGUGGAAGAUGAAGAAGAUGCCCCGCGUGGGACUCCCAAUACAAAAGACGCCGUCAAAAGCGUCGCCAACCAGAUCAAGGACAUGGCACUAAAAGUAUCAGGAACAAGCAAAGGAAAACCAGGUGGAACAAGCAGCAGCUUCAAGGUAGGACAAAGAUCAUAUCCCGAAUUCGAAACAUCAUCGGAGGGAGUCCCUUAUCCCUACUUCCAACCCGGAAGCUCGAGCACGCCAGCCUGGCACUUCAUGAACGCCGGGGGUGGCAGUGCCGCCCCCCGCGACUCUGCAUACACCGCCUUCGGUGGCGAUGACAUGACCCCGAACCGCAUCUCAUCCCGGUUCGACGACAUGGGGCUGGGAGAGGAAGACGGCCCCAAGGAGUGGAUGGCGCAGGUCGAGCCUGGCGUCCAAAUCACCUUCGUCACCCUCCCCCGUGGCGGGAAUGACCUCAAACGCAUCCGUUUCAGCCGGGAGAUGUUCGACAAGUCCCAAGCUCAGAGGUGGUGGAGUGAGAACUUUGACAGAAUAAUGGAGCUAUACAAUGUCCAGAAAUUCAACCAGCAGGCAUUGAACACUCCUGGCAGAUCUGAGUGUGGAAGAGAUUCAACUUACUCGAGGCUAGGGUCGGUGAGAGAGAGCCCGCGAAUGACUUCAGCAUCAAUGAACAGAGAGUGGCAGCCGAGGUACAGCAACUACUACAACGGUGGAGGGCAGAGCUCAUACGCGAUGGAGGGGGCGCGGGACACCACAGCCUCCCGGGACGAGGAUGCAGUCUCCAUCAGCAAUGCUAGUGAAGUUGAAGGAGAGUGGAUUGAGGAAGACGAACCGGGCGUCUACAUCACCAUCAGACAGCUUGUUGAUGGUACGAGGGAGCUUCGUCGUGUCAGAUUCAGUCGGGAGCGAUUUGGGGAGGUGCAUGCUAAGCAAUGGUGGGACACUAAUAGGGAUAGGAUACAAGCUCAAUAUCUUUCCUAGAAGAUGAGGAUGAUGAGUGGUGCAUUGCAGUUGAUGAUGGUUCGAGAUUUGACACAAGAAAUCAUCCAUUUUGAUUAUAGUUCUAACUAUAGAAAGUUUGAAAAUUACAAAAUGAUCUUGUUUUAAGAUUUCAGUCUCUUUUAUAUGGCUUUGUAGUAGCUGCUUUAAGGCAUAUACCAUGUUUCAUGAAAAUUAUAUUUAAGGUAUGUUUCUUUCCA